CUGAGUCCGCAACUGGAGCCUGUCAUUCUGGAGGGGUCUGCAAGGUGCGGCUUGGCGGUGCAUCCCUGUCCCCCGCGCACUGGCCGCACUGGCCGCGCCGGGCUCCCGUCUACCGCCCCGCGGCCCCGCCCAUUGCCCCACCCCAGCCAGGCUUGGCUGGGGCCGCAGCGCCGCGGUGAUAGCAGUCUCGCAGCUGCUCCGCCCCAUCCCCUUCUGUUUUUCUCUCAUUCUCUGGCAGCGGCCGGGAAGGCGGAGGCAGAAGCAUCAGCAGCAGCGCUGGCUGCAAUGAAUGAUCCCCCAGCUGGGGAGGAGGACUCUAGCUGUUUACGGCCAGGCUCUUCUGCCCCAGCAUGGGGCGGGCUCCGGGCACUGCUGUUCAGCCGGCACGGCUCCCGCGGCUGUCUGGCGAUUCUGCUUAAUUUUCCGUACCCACUCGGAGCAGCGAGGACCAGAGGGCGGAGGAGGCCCCGGACUGCAGCAGCGGUGGGCCACCUCCCAGCAUCCCCACCCUAGGAGGCUGCAUGCGGGAUUGAAGAGCGGCGCCUGGGGGCUGGGCUGGCCCCGCUGAUUCCUACCUAGGGAGGACUGCAGGACCGCCUAGGCUACGGUGGGGGCUGUGGGGCAGGGAGGACAGGAGCAAGAUGGCCAGUAAAACCAAGGCCAGCGAGGCCCUGAAGGUGGUGGCCCGCUGCCGCCCCCUCAGCCGGAAAGAGGAGGCUGCUGGUCACGAGCAAAUCCUAACCAUGGACGUGAAACUGGGCCAAGUGACCUUGCGGAACCCCCGCGCUGCCUUGGGGGAGCUGCCCAAGACCUUCACCUUUGAUGCCGUGUAUGAUGCCAGCUCCAAGCAGGCAGACUUGUAUGAUGAAACCGUGAGGCCCCUGGUAGACUCGGUGCUUCAGGGUUUCAAUGGCACCGUGUUUGCCUAUGGCCAGACAGGCACUGGCAAGACCUACACCAUGCAAGGGACCUGGGUGGAGCCCGAGCUGCGUGGGGUCAUCCCUAACGCCUUUGAGCACAUCUUCACCCACAUCUCUCGCUCCCAGAACCAGCAGUACCUGGUCCGGGCCUCCUACCUGGAGAUCUACCAGGAGGAGAUUCGAGACCUGCUCUCCAAGGAGCCCGGCAAGAGGCUGGAGCUGAAGGAAAACCCAGAGACAGGUGUCUACAUCAAGGACCUCUCCUCUUUUGUCACCAAGAAUGUCAAGGAGAUUGAGCACGUGAUGAACCUAGGGAACCAGACCCGGGCAGUGGGCAGCACACACAUGAAUGAGGUCAGCUCCCGCUCCCAUGCCAUCUUCGUCAUCACCGUGGAGUGCAGUGAGCGUGGCUCCGAUGGCCAAGACCACAUCCGUGUGGGCAAGCUCAACCUGGUGGACCUGGCUGGUAGCGAGAGGCAGAAUAAGGCGAGCCCCAACACAGCUGGAGGGGCUGCCACACAGUCCACAGGCAGUGGUGGCGGUGGUGGUGGUGGUGGAGAAAGGCCCAAGGAAGCCUCCAAAAUCAACCUCUCGCUGUCUGCCCUGGGUAAUGUGAUCGCUGCUCUGGCAGGCAACAGAAGCACCCAUAUUCCCUACCGGGACUCCAAGCUGACCCGGCUGCUCCAGGACUCUCUCGGGGGGAAUGCCAAGACCAUUAUGGUGGCUACUCUGGGGCCAGCUUCUCACAGCUAUGAUGAGAGCCUCUCUACCUUGCGCUUUGCCAACCGGGCCAAAAACAUCAAGAACAAGCCCCGGGUGAACGAGGACCCUAAGGACACACUGCUGCGGGAAUUCCAGGAGGAGAUCGCCCGCCUGAAGGCCCAGCUGGAGAAGAAGGGGAUGCUGGGGAAGCGGCUCCGGAGGAAGAGCAGCCGCAGGAAGAAGGCUGUGUCAGCCCCCGCCGGGUACCCUGAGGGGCCAGUGAUCGAGGCCUGGGUGGCCGAAGAGGAGGAUGACAACAACAACAACCACCGUCCACCCCAGCCCAUCCUGGAGUCGGCCUUGGACAAGAACAUGGAGAAUUACCUGCAGGAGCAGAAGGAGCGGCUGGAGGAGGAGAAGGCAGCCAUCCAGGAUGACCGCAGUCUGGUGAGCGAGGAGAAGCAGAAGCUGCUGGAAGAGAAGGAGAAGAUGCUGGAAGAUCUGCGGCGUGAGCAGCAGGCCACAGAGUUGCUUGCAGCCAAGUACAAGGCCAUGGAGAGCAAGCUGCUCAUCGGGGGCAGGAACAUCAUGGAUCACACCAACGAGCAGCAAAAGAUGUUGGAACUGAAGAGGCAGGAGAUUGCUGAGCAGAAACGCCGUGAGCGGGAGAUGCAGCAGGAGAUGAUGCUCCGAGAUGAGGAGACCAUGGAGCUCCGGGGCACCUACACGUCCCUGCAGCAGGAGGUGGAGGUCAAAACCAAGAAGCUCAAGAAGCUCUACGCCAAGCUGCAGGCGGUGAAGGCGGAGAUCCAGGACCAGCAUGACGAGUACAUCCGUGUGCGGCAGGACCUGGAGGAGGCACAGAAUGAGCAGACUCGGGAACUCAAGCUCAAGUACCUAAUUAUCGAGAACUUCAUCCCCCCUGAGGAGAAGAACAAGAUCAUGAACCGGCUUUUCCUGGACUGUGAGGAGGAGCAGUGGAAGUUCCAGCCACUGGUACCAGCCGGAGUCAAUAACAGCCAAAUGAAGAAGCGGCCCACGUCCGCAGUGGGCUACAAGAGGCCUAUCAGCCAGUAUGCUCGGGUUGCCAUGGCAAUGGGGUCCCACCCCAGGUACAGGGCUGAAAACAUAAUGUUUUUGGAGUUGGAUGUGUCCCCUCCCGCUGUCUUUGAAAUGGAAUUUUCUCACGACCAAGAACAAGAUCCCCGAGCUCUGCACAUGGAGAGGCUCAUGCGGCUGGACAGCUUUUUAGAAAGACCUUCCACCUCGAAAGUCCGGAAGUCCCGAUCCUGGUGCCAGAGUCCUCAGCGGCCUCCACCCUCCACCACCACACAUGCCUCACUGGCCUCCGCUGCUCUACGCCCUGUGACAGUGCUAGACCACGAGUGACAACCUUCAGUCUGGCUGCCGGUCUGGCCGACUCCCGGGAUGGGAAGCCAGCUCUGGAUCAUCUCAUCCGCCGCUUGGUGCGCGUGUGUGUGCGCAUGUGCGUGUUCGUGUGUGUGAGGGGGUGCGAGCUGGCAGACCGUGCCUCUGCUCGCUCUUCUUAGCCUCCUUUAUUUAAUUAAUGUUAUUUAUUCGCGGAGCUCAGUUAGUGUGGGGGAGAGGCCCUCGGCUGAGCCUGCCCAGUGACUGCGUAGCCUCCUUUCCUGCUGACUGGAGAUCCCCAGUCAGACUUCAAGCUCCUCGCUGUCAGCUGCCCCCAGAAAGGAGGGUGGCCAGUGCCUGAGAAGAGAGGACUUCUUCGACCUGUCUCCACAUCCUCCAUCUCCUCCUGUGCUGAUGUGAGCAGCUCCGAAGCACUUUCUGGGACUAGAAAAAUUCUGGGCGUCCCCGGAGGACAGGAGAUGUCCCGACAGUGCUCCCAGCACUUUCUGGGCCUCAGACAACCCUGGUCGGCUUCUCCGGCUCCUUUUCAAGGACUUAAAAGACCUCACCCACACAGCCCCCCUUCAGCUUUGCCAAGAAUCCAUGGCUUCGGAUCUCUGCUUCCUGCCCACUUUCCCAAGCCUGGGGUGGGACUUGCCAACCGACCAGUUGCCUCUUCCUCAGGACCUGCAGGAAGUGGAAGUCGUGAGACAACGUGACAGCCAUCAGGAGAAGUCCCUCCAGUGCCCUUCGUUUCUGUGCGCCUCCUAGAAGUAACUUUAGUGGGCGAGUGGUCCAGCCUACUCCCUGAGUCUGAGAUGCUGCUCCUGCCUGCUUCAGAUGUCUUCCCCGCAGCCGCCCCGAUCCCAGUUCAUAGUGCCGGGGAAUCGAUGUCCUUGUCCCCCUGGCUCAGCAAAGGCAUGGGAACCUGUUGCUUCCCCCUCAUGUAAGCGCAGGAGAUGGAGACCCAGGCGCAAUCGGCCAACUUUACCUGUUCCCCCCGUUUCUGAAUCACAUUUGUUGGGCACUAUUUUGUUGAAAACUAACUUCUUCAGCAUUGUGCAAACUGGGCCCCAGGGAAGUACUCUUCAUCUCCCUUUGUGGCAUCCCGAGAUGUCUCCAGGUAUCUUAAGUGAUAAGUAAAUUUCUACCAAAAAAAGAAAAGAGAUUAAUUUUCAUUGACUUACUUUUUCAGUGUGCAUUUUGGUGGAGGGGUAAAGAAGUAAUCAUCAGAGAACACCAUUGGUUCAGGAUUUUAAAAUGCCCUUGUAGUGGGAGUCUCCAGUUCCUAGGAUAUGAGGAAGUUGGUCACUGGGAUGAAAGCAUAAAACUGACUGCUUUGCCUGAAAUUUGAUGUUGGGUGCUGGCAAUUAUUCUCUUUCCAUUAGGAAAUUAACCCUUUUACACCUUUCCAGUUCUGCCCUGAGGACCAAGCUAUGGUUGGGUUUAAAUCAAUGAUGCUGUCAUUUCUGCUGUAAUUACUAGACUAGAUGGUCGGGCAACUCAGUUGUUGUUUGCUGCUGUCCAUCAAGGAAAUAACGUUUUCUAUCAGAGCCCAAGGGAUUAUUUGAGACUCAGAAUUUAGAUACUAGAUCCUGCUGAGGCUGGGACAAAGUCAUAUGUAGAAAUGCCCCAGGUGGCCCGGGGACAUCCAGGCCUGCAUUGAGCAGCCUCUCCCAGUGACCUCUUUCACGUUUGUGGAUGAAACAGCACGUGUCACCCCCCCCCCCCUUCACCACUUGGACACAUUAACUCUGCAAUGUCUGGUCACGUGACUGUCACAGUCUUACAGCACAAUCCACCCAACUUCACCACCCCUGGUCUGAGAGCUGGGCCCGAGGUGUGGUCAGAGAAGGAGCUCCCGCCUGCGGUUUCGUGUAUGUGUGUGUGUAUGUGCGUGUCUGUGUGUUUAAUCCACAGGGGACACUCUACACUCAGUGUAAGAUAUGCUGGGAACAGGGCUACUGGGGUGGCUGGAUCUCAGUCUCUCUGUUUCUCUCUCUCUCCUUUUCCUUUUGAUGUAGCAGACAUUUGGUUAACAAAGUAAGGGCCUCAAUUGGACCAAAUUUCCACGUCUGUUGCUAUGGUCUUUACUUAGGACAGCAGCUAACAAUGCGGUGGCCCUUAUAUUACAUAUGUAAUAUAUAAAUAUAUAUAUGUAAAACAUUGCCCCCUGUCUUCUUGGCUUAGGAUGAGGCCUGUGUGUUGAGCUGAAAUGCACCUGCAGCUCUGUGCUGCCAGCAGCCUGCAGGCCCCGGCCCUGUUCAGAUUAACACAGUCGAUAAUAAA